AUGGUUGCCACGGAGAACGUCUUACGACUGAAAGACACUAUUCGGCUACAGAGUGUCGAACUCUACAAGGACAAUGCUUGUACCGAGCUGUACGAACUGCAAAGUCAGCUCACCUGCAUUGCAAACGACGACAACAAUUUCAACAGUUAUCGGGUCACCUUCCGCGGAGUCGUAGCCGCCAAACGCAGCCCCCAGCAAAUUCAACGAGAGAUUGAUGAGAUGAUGGGAUCGGAAGUCAGCCUCGAGGCAAGAGCCGACGACGAGUACUUGGGACCUCCUAAAAAGUACGACAUCUCGUUGGCCAAUACCUCGGAUGUUCAGAUAGCCGCUAUCCCCUACAACCACCCCUACAUUGCCGCUAGUUAUUGGACAGUCACCCAUGGUCUAUCCUAUUUUUCCCUCCUUGACUUGCUUGUUGACAUCUCUGGUCAAGGUGUAGGAGGAGCUGGUCCUUGGAGCCAGGCCACCUGCGCAGCAUCCAUAACCGUCACUGCGAUGUCCUUUAUUGCAUCCACGUUCAGCAUCUACCAGGGCUACAGACACCGCAUGGCCACAUUCCGUGGAAGACAGGUUGAAUUGGGUAUGCGCCCAGGGGUGGCGCGAGGUCUGGAUGGAGGAGACAAGACAAUAUUGCUCUCGCAUGAGGAGUAUAUGGAGUCUGUUUUACAUAGUUAUGGGGUUACAGGCAAACAUGUUGGGCUUCAUAAGCGUGGCGAGAACGCUCACACGGAGAUGCCGGCUUACCAAUUCACCGGUCCUGACGGCAAUGACUUCAUUUACACCAUCCAUGGCGACGACAACGGCGAGGUUAGGCACACACUUUCUUUCGCAUCAGACGCCAAAAUCGUCAAGCGCGAGCCCGGCUACGAAGGUGUUGUAGUCGACGGCGGGCUCGAUAUUCAGGCAUGCCAAAGGACAGGAUCCAACAAACAAUGGUCGGAUAUUCAGAAGUCGGGCGCAUACUUGUACGACUUCUUUUAUGACGACUUCACUUGUCUUAUCGACCCCAACGAGCUUCUUUCCGGCAACUAUGUUUCUGUCGAUCUCAUGGACGACCAUGGCAACUCGCUCAUCACGGUUGGUAUGUCGCCGUUCAAAUCGAGCACCGAUGAAUACAACGCGGAUGAAAGACGAGCCUGCGACAAUGAUCCAUUUCAUUUCUCGAGCUCAUGCGUAUACUGA